CACUCAUUCAUCAAUUCAUUGCAGAACAUGCCAGCUGUCAGUCAUUCAAGGAACCGGACCCGUUCCACUAAGAAUAACUCCACGCUAUCUCCUCGACACUGUACUGUACGCAUGUGUGUGGCUCGGGUCAGGAGACCUACAAAUACCCACAGUCUCGAAUGUUCCCGUUUCGACACAUCUCGUCUGGAAUCCGCCAUUGACCGUAUCUUGCACUCCUCCUACCCAUGAAGCAUCCAAGGCCAGGCAUAGGAGAAUCUAUGCCCACGGAGGCGCUCGAAACAGAGGAAAAUGGCGACGAAUCGCGCUUGCUGAAUGAUGCCCACGCUGCAGCUUUCUCCUCCGCCUCGCUGCCAUCCAAGCAGCAAAAGAUCGACGACUCAGAGGAUCAAGCCUCGAAAGCUUCUGACGCGUUCAUGAAGCUGCAAACCUUCUAUGACACGAACACCGCUGCUAUCCAAGAAGCGUCGCAAGGGCUCGCGGCCGCCGCGAACCUUGACAUCCAUUCUGUAGAAGCGUCCAUCACCGGGUUCGCGGAGACUUCGACGGUGAUCAUGAACGGCUUGGACGCGUUGGGAGCGGUGCACCCCUUCAUUGGAGGCGCGUGCUCAUUGAUCGCUGUCAUCGCAUUCAAGGCCGUUAUCUCGCUCGAUCUCACCCGCAGACAAAACAAUAAGAAAGUGCUUGCCAUGAAGCUGCAGAUGCAGGACGUUAUGCUGAUUCUUUUCGAACUACGCUCCGUUCGCGAUCCAGAGCACAAGGCACCGGACGGGACCAAACUCAAAGACCAAUUCUCUGAGAUUCUCAAGUCGAUUGCGCGUGACAUAACAGAAUGCGGAAAUGUGUGCGAUGUUUAUCUCAAGGAGAACUUCUUCAGUAAAACGAUCCACUCCAAGGGCUACGAAGAGAAAUUUGCGGCCUACGUCGCGUCAUUCGAGGAGCACAAGAAGAACAUUGUCUUGAGAAUGCAAAUGCACGUUGCUCUCUCUCAAGAUAUUGUCAAGCGGCACGUGGAGAAUCAAUCCACCCAGCUGGACAGGAUCGAGUCGCUCAUCAAAGAAUUAUUUCGCAAAUUUGGGACAGCUGAGGAGAAUGCAGCGCGGAAAAUUUUGGAGAAGGGAAGUAUCGAGGCCAGCCUCGACGACGAUGCGACUUUGCACCAAUUGGUCUUGUUGAGCGGAGACUCGACUUGGAAGAGCAAAGAUAUCAGUGAAACACGGGACUUGCUGAAGAAAAUGCUGGCAGAUGAUAUCCAGGAGGCUUUUCAGAGGAACGAGCGCUUGUUUGAGGGAAAGAUGGAGCUGCAAAGCCAGCAGUUGGAGGCUGCCAUCAUAGCCAGCGAAGAGAGGAUCGUGAAUUUGUUGCAAGCAGGAGCGCAUGAUGAUGUAUUGGAUCCCGACCUUCAAGCGCUCUGGAGAAAGCAACGUUGGAACAGCAGUGUCGAAGGACGCACGUUUGUGCUGGGGCUCUAUGACUAUUAUUCUGAGCAGCAAGAUUCAAGACGUACAGCAAUCCAAACAUCCUCCAUUGCUGCCAUACCCCUCAUCGGAGUGGCUCACACUGGUGCAGAUGAUUUGUGGGCACUUGCGCUCAUUUCGAACGUCAGUCGCAUUCAGCCUAUUCUCGAAACAGUAGAUGACGAUGGAACGGGCUUUGUCACUAUCAAGGAGGCGAACGAGUUUGCACGCUCACGGCCGAAAGAGUGCAGUCUACUGGCAUGGAUCGCUUACUGGGCUGCGGGCUGGCACGAUUCCAUAACGUCGUAUAAAAAUCUGAUCUACGCGUUGCUUCAGGCAAUGCACGGACUUGCAUUCGGGUCGCAAAGACGUGUGUUGGGUGCCAACAUCCAGCAGGUCGACAGAUACCUCGCCUCCGUCCCUUUACGGCAGAUUGAGCUCCUUUUACGAUCGACUCGGUCUGCGCGCCCCCAUUGGAACGAGGAUCUAAUCAAAUUGAGGGCGAAGAUUGAAGAAAGCGAAACCAAACGGAUCAAAGUUCACCUCGACCAAUUGCGAUACAAGUUGAGCUCUGGUUCAGUGAUGCUGAUCACUGGAGGGAAGCGCAUCGAGAGAUUCAUCUACCCCCUUCUGUUCGAGGUUCUUCAACGACACCUGGACUGUCUGCGCCUGGCUUGUGUUCGUGUUCUCGACCAAAAAGAGUGUGACGAGAUGGUCGGCGCGCUGUCGGUCGUUUUAGAACCGAUCUAUGACAGAGUGGCCAACCUGGAAGCAGUGUUUUUGUCAUCGACGACAAACCUCGAUGGACGAUUUGGCAGCUUUUCUUUCGGGAUGGCUUGGCACAAGAACAAAAACGAACUUGAUAUUUCCCAAAAUACUAUCCGAGGAUAUCAAGGGCGGGACGGAUACGGACGAAGGAACUGGGAAAAGGUGGAUACCGACAUCCAUUCCUCAAAUGUUUACAAGCGAUUGGACGACAGCCGUGGGCGAAUAUUGCGAUAUCCCACUUUGGAUUCUAGCGACUAUGAUUACGAUUCAAGGCACACUAGAUAUCUUGAUGAAGGGAGUGGCAACCCUAAUGAGCUGGCCGGUCGAUGGACGGGUGAAUUUAGAAGACCUCAGAAGGCCUGCUUGCUUACUUCUCUUAUCCUGUCUGUGCAUGCCGACCGCCAAAUCUCGGGUGCAAUGCUGGACCUGACCGAGACGGACGAGGUCUUGGGCUCUAUCAAGCGAACAAACCACUUUCGCUUGCGUGUGGCUUAUGAACUCGAGUCGUACACGGGGCGCUACGAUCCCAUCUCAGACACCAUCUCCCUCGAGUCCAAUCCAUACACGGCCACUGUUUUCUACAGAACAACCCCUGAAUUGUUUCGCUUCCGCCCGUCUGCUUUUGCUUCUACUGCUGGUGUCGCUCAUGCCCGAUGGCGCUUUGCCAUCAGCGCAGUCUUAGACCAAGUCCAACGCAAGAAUCUGUCGGGAAGCUGGCUUAAGACACGUGGUGACGAGCGCCGACGGUUCAUCGAACUCACCUUGCGUGGGCUCACGAUGCAAUCCUUGCUCACACGUGACGAGAAAGCCGAGCUUUCGCAUCUCAAGGCGAUCCUGACUCCGGAGGACGCCAAGUUCUAUCUCCAGGUGACCCGUUACGAACGGAGUAAACUCGUCGAGCACGAUCAGCGGUGUGACGUCUGCAGUUGUUCUAUCUUGGCUAUGCGCGUGUUCUGUGUCCAGUGCAUGGACGACAGUCACACUAAAUGCGUCAAUCUCUGCGAGCAGGACAUGCACAAGUCCGUCACCUGGAAGAAGGACGUCACCCACCUACCCUCUCAUGCAUUGGUCAAGACAACCGUCCGGCUGCAUGAUGUACACCUGGCGCGGAUUGUUCGCCAGGCCAGAAUGGUUGCUGAAUGCGCCAAAGUGUUUUUCAAGCGCCCUGCUUAUGCCGCUUCAACUUACUUGGCGUCGUGCAGUUCGUGCUAUAAGCCGGUAUCCCUGCCUGUAUGGGCUUGCACCGUCUGUUCCAACGAAUCAUACCUGAUCUACAUUUGCGACAACUGCCACGAGACGGAACAACAACCCAGGUCUCAUGAACCCCACCACUUACUGACACACCCACUGGUUUAUGUCCAUGACUUCGAGCCUCUGAUGAUCGGCAUGAGCAACGAAGAGAUCCGCAUCUUAGAACUGGAACAACGGAUGUCCAAGUAUCAGGAUAACGCGUUAAGGAACGAGCAACGUUCGGAGGAGAGCGCGACGAGGAUGCAGGACAAGUUGGCUCAGAUGGAAGCAAAGAUGGACAGGAUGAUGCAGUUGCUAAUUGACCCAUCUUCUCGUACAUCCUGA